AUGGAGCAUGUGAUUUUCAACAUAUUCAUGAAAGCGAUUUCUCCAUUUUAUAAAAAGAUUAAUCGGCAGACUGUUAAGGAAGAUUGUAUUAGUACUUACACAAUUGAAAAAAGGAAGUUGAAAUCAUCGUUGAAAGGUGCUGCUGAUACUCUUAGUAAGUGUUUUAUUGAUUGGGGGAUUGAGAAUAAGGUUUCUAGCAUAACUGUUAAUGCUUCAUACAAUGAUGUGUACAUUAGGAGACUUAGAGAGGAUUUUGCUCUAAGAAAGAGAUUAAGUAUUGGAGGAAAAUUUUUUUAUGUUAGAUGUUGUGCACAUAUACUUAAUUUCUUAGUGCAAGAUGAUCAUUGUCAACUUGGUGGUGUGAUUGAUGUUGUUAGAGAAGGGAUAAAGUACUUGAACAAUUCUGAAUAUAGGCUUCUUGAAUUUCCCAAAAUUAAAAAACAGCUUCAGUUGCCCUCUAGAAAGCUACUUUUGGACUGUCCAACAAGAUGGAAUAACACCUAUUUGAUGUUAGCUUCGGGUUUAGAGUUCAAGAAUAUCUUUCCAAGAUAUGCAGACAUUGACCCCGGAUUUCACUAUGUUCCUACUGAUUUUGAGUGGAUGAAAGUGGAAGAAGUGUGCAAAUUUCUAGGAAUAUUUCAUGAAAUCACUGACAUGAUUUUCGGGUCCGAGUAUCCAACAGCUAACAUUUUUCUUGUGGAGCUCUAUAGGAUUAAAGAGCUUUUAAAUGAAAAAGCUCUUGAUCUUUUUUACCAUAUUCGGGUUAUGGCUGGAAGUAUGUCUGCUAAAUUUGAUAAAUAUUGGGGGGAAAGUAAUGUGCUGCUAUCUUUGGGUGCAAUUUUGGAUCCGAGAUACAAAAUGUUUCUUAUUAAUCAUGCUUUUCCGGUGAUUUAUGGUGAGGAUGCAGCUCCUAGAUUCGUGGCUGAGAUUAGAGACAUUCUUUAUGAGCUUUACAAUGAAUAUGUUGAUUGUCACAUUGUUUUCCAUUCUGAACAACAACAGAGGCAGGUUGUAAAAAUGAAACAAAAUGAAGGUUCUAGUUCUUCUAGUAAGAAAUAG